GCGGUCCUGCGCGGACAUCGCCCUGGGCGGGGCGGACAGAGCGAACCUGGCCGGCCCUGGCCCCUAGCCCUGCUCUCGGCCACCAAGCCCUGCGGCCCUGCUGGUCCCGGCAGGCGGAGCCCCAGUCAAGCAGCAAGUGUGGGAGGCGCCCGACAUGUGGUAAUAAAAGGCGGUGCAGGCUGAGGCUGGGAGUGAAUGGGGACCCUCUGAGCUCAGCAGCAGGGCCUGGUCCUGCGCCUUGGGAAUCGGCGACCAGGCUCGGAGCCCGGCACGGAGAGGGCGCAGCGCUGGACGAGGUGGCAGGCCCUGCAUCAUGGAAACUUUUUCUAAUGCAAGUGGCACCUUUGCCAUAAGCCUGUUAAAGCUACUAUGUGAAGAUAACCCUUCAGGCAAUGUGUUCUGUUCCCCCAUGAGCAUCUCCUCUGCCCUGGCCAUGGUUCUCCUGGGGGCAAAGGGAAACACUGCCACCCAGAUGGCCCAGGCACUUUCUUUAAACACAGAGGAGGACAUUCAUCAGGGUUUCCAGUUGCUUCUCACUGAAGUGAACAAGGCUGGCACAGAGUACCUGCUGAGAACGGCCAACGGGCUCUUUGGAGAGAAAACUUGUAAAUUCCUCUCAACGUUUAAGGAAUGCUGUCUUCAAUUCUACCAUGCUGAGCUGAAGCAGCUUUCUUUUAUCAAAGCUGCAGAAGAGUCCAGGAAACACAUCAACACUUGGGUCUCAGAAAAGACUGAAGGUAAAAUUGAAGAGUUGUUGCCGGUUAGCUCAAUUGAUGCAGAGACCAGGCUGGUUCUUGUCAACGCUAUCUACUUCAAAGGAAAGUGGAAUGAAUGGUUUGACGAAACAUACACGAGGGAAAUGCCUUUUAAAAUAAACCAGGAGGAGCAAAGGCCAGUGCAGAUGAUGUAUCAGGAGGCCUUCUUUAUGCUCGCCCACGUGGGCGAGGUGGGCGCGCAGCUGCUGGAGCUGCCCUAUGCUGGGGAGGAGCUGAGCCUGCUCGUCUUGCUGCCUGACGACGGCGUGGAGCUCAGCACGGUGGAAAAAAAUCUUACUUUUGAGAAACUCACAGCCUGGACCAAGCCAGACUGUAUGAAGAGCACUGAGGUUGAAGUUCACCUUCCAAAAUUUAAACUGCAGGAGGAUUAUGACAUGGCAUCUGUGCUUCCACGUUUGGGAAUGGUUGAUGCUUUCCAACGGGGCAAGGCUGACUUGUCGGCAAUGUCGGCCGAGAGAGACCUGUGUCUGUCCAAGUUCGUGCACAAGACUUUUGUGGAGGUGAAUGAAGAAGGCACGGAGGCGGUAGCAGCCUCGGACAUGUUGGUGGAGGCAGAGUGCGGCAAGGAAUCUGGCCUGAGAUUCUGUGCUGACCACCCUUUCCUUUUCUUCAUCAGGCACAACAGAGCCAAUAACCUUCUGUUCUGCGGCAGGUUCUCAUCUCCAUAAAGCGUGCAUUUACAGUGUCCUCAGCCAUUUCCCUCUUGCUGUGUCCCCAGAUCCCCCCCUCCGCUACAGCUCCAAGAGGAUGGGGGCCUAGAAAGCCAAGUGCAAAGGUGAGGGCAGAUUCCUUACCUGUCGGCCGGCCCUCAGGAUUUGCUCCACACUCCACUCUUCUAUACUGACCACUCAUUUAUGCUACACUUAUUCAGCAUCUUGGGAAAAUCGACCAUACUGAUUCCCUGUUGCAUUAAAAUUGUGGUCCAAAUCCCAUAGGAUGGCAUGCAGAGUUUCCUAGAAUUCCACAUGCAGUUCACCCUGGCUACCCUGUGCUUUCCUGAGACCUCAAAUACGUGACCUUAACACGCUGCUUCCGUGGUAAUAAAUGCUGCUAGAUAUUGCUAUUUUAUAGAUUUUUCUGGUGCUUAGCUUUUUGAAAAGUUUUUAAUAUGCACAUUUAUAUUUUAUGUUUAUUUUAUUUUUGAUGUUUACCAAUUGUCAAACAUGUACUUGGGGACUGCAUUUGGCACUGGGGAUGCAAAGGGGACAGAGCCAUUCUCUGUCGACACUUGGUCUUCAAUUCUGUGCCCAAUUUAUAAGCUUUGACAACAACUGGGUUGGACUUUCCCUACUAGAAAAAGAAAUGUCUUUCAACUUAUCAGAUAAUCCUCUAGUAGGGAAUCACACCUUUUAUGAUAUUGUUUCUCUACCUCUAACAGUAAAAAUUCCAGUCAACCCUUAAAGCUCAUUUCAAAUGUCUUAUUUCAGAAAUGUUUUCUUUCUCCACAAGCAGAUGUACAUAUGUGAACUCUCUGCACUUGAAGGGCACCUCCUUUGUGGUAGUUCUUUUAUUUUAUUAAUCUCUGUAUCCUUAGAUAGUCCUCCAACAAGACCUGAGGUUCACCAAGGGUUGGAACUCUAUCUUACAUAUCUGGGUGCAAUAAUGAGUAAGUUGAUUAUAUACAAGCUGUGAAACUUAUUUUUUUAGUGGUUGGAUAUUACUGGCUUUAUUUUUUUGUUUUAAAGAAUUUUUGUAUUGAGGUGAAAUUCACAUAACAUAAAAUUACCUGUUUUAAAGUGAGAAGUUCAGUGUCACUUGGUAUUGUUAACAAUGUUGUAUAACCAUUAUAUAUACUGCAGUAAUAAGUAAGUUGAUUAUAUACAAGCUGUGAAACUUAUUUUUUUAGUGGUUGGAUAUUACUGGCUUUAUUUUUAAAAAAAAUUUUUUUAUUGAGGUGAAAUUCACAUAACAUAAAAUUACCUGUUUUAAAGUGAGAAGUUCAGUGUCACUUGGUAUUGUUAACAAUGUUGUAUAACCAUUAUAUAUACUGCAGUAAUAAGUAACUUGAUUAUAUACAAGCUGUGAAACUUAUUUUUUUAGUGGUUGGAUAUUACUGGCUUUAUUUUUAAAAAAAUUUUUUUUAUUGAGGUGAAAUUCACAUCACAUAAAAUUAACUAUUUUAAAGUAAGAAGUUCACUGCCACUUGGUAUUGUCAACGAUGUUGUAUAACCACCGCCUUUGUUUAAAGUUCCAGAAAAAAUGUUCUGCUGUAAAAGGAAACCCCAUCCCAUUAAGCAGAUACCCUCCAUUCCCCCCUCCCUCCAGCCCCCAGCAACCACCAAUCAGCUUUCUGUCUCUACGGAGUUAUGUAUUCUUGAUAUUUCAUAUAAGUUGAAUUGUAUGAAACCUUUUGUGUCUGGCUGUUUUCAUUUAGUAUAAGUUUUUGAGAUCCAUUUACAUAGUAGCAUGUAUCAAAACUUCAUUUUUAUGGCUACAUAAUAUUGUAUUAUGUGUUUAUAGCACAAUUUAUCCACUCAUUCAUUGAUGGACAUUGGGUCGUUUCUGCCUUUUAGCUAUGGUGAAUAGUGGAGAUGUUUGUGUACCUGUUAUUUGUUUGAAUAUCUAUUUUGCAUCCUUUUGGGUAUAUAUCUAGGAGUGGAACUGCUGGGUCGUAUGGUAAUUCUAUGUUUACCUUUUUUGAGGAACAGAAAAACUGUUUUCCACAGUGGUUGAACCAUUCUACAUUCCCACCAGCAAUGUUAAGUCAUGGCCAUCUUAGUGGGUAUGAAGUGGUAUCUCACUGUGUUUCUAUGCAUUUCCUAUGUUAUGAACUAGAAACUAAAGUACAAACGAGAUGGGACUCUAGUUCCCUGGGGAUUUCCAUAAUCAAAUAUAGGAAAGCAGUUGGCUUUUCACAUCUCAGUUCUUCGGAAGGCCCAAUAAACUCUAUGAAUAGGA